UCAGAACAGCAGUGAUAAAUGCAUUAGCAGCCUUGGCGCCAACACCGCUAGCAGCAGCAGCAGCAGCAGCGGGGGCAGCAAUAAAACUAGCAGUAACAAUAACAGCAGCAGCAGUAGCAGCAAAUCUAAAAUUAGCGUUAGCAUAGGUAACAUCAGAAAUGCUGGUAAAAGUAGAAGCAUUAGCAGGAGCGUUGGCAGUAGCACGGAGGCAAGCGCAUUGGUGAGUGUCCCAGAGUGUCGAGCGUCCGAGGAGGAGGAGAGAGGGAGGGAGAGCGAGGGGAUCACACAGAGCUCCACCUGCGAGCCCACCUCCACCACACCCCCACUGCCCCAGGACAGCAACAUCAGUCUGGACUCCAGGACUGGCAUUGAGAGUGGUUAUUCCUCUUUGGAGAAAGCUGGACCAGAUGUCUCUGCCCCAUACCAGGAACUCUUCACCCAGUCUGAUGGCUCUACCUCCGCCCAAGAAAGGUCACAGGUAAUUGGACAGUUUGAAAGGGACAAUGCUGGGGCCUCAAGCACCAGUUCAUCUUCAUCAUCCUCCUCUUGUUCCAUUGCAUGGCCAGAAGAGAGUGACAAACGUCAUGUCUGCAAAAAACAGGAACCUGACCACUCCUUUACCAGUUCCUCACGCUUCUGUGCCACCAGAAACCGACGCUCCAAAUCAUUGGACCGCAGAGCGUCAGAUCCCACCUCUACACCCGACCUCAUCAAUCACAAGAAAGGAUGGAUGACCAGGCUGGGUGAAGAUGGCCAAUGGAAGAAGCACUGGUUUGUCCUGACCGACCAGAGUCUUCGAUUCUACAGAGACUCCAUUGCAGAAGCGGCUGCUGAUCUAGAUGGGGAGAUCAACCUGUCCACUUGUUAUGAUGUCACAGACUUUCCUGUCCAAAGGAACUUUGGCUUCCAGAUCCAUACCAAAGAGGGAGUGUUUACACUCUGCGCAAUGACAUCUGGGCUCCGACAGAACUGGAUCCAGGCGAUGAAGAAGAACAUACGUGCUCCUGUCAACCUGGAUGUAACAAGCUGUGCAAUACCGCGAUUAAUAGGAACAAGAAGUUCAGCAUCAGCAGCACCCCGAGGUGCACCACUGGAGACAGAGAAAAGGAGCCGAGUCCGUGAGCGGCGACGCGAGGGGCGCUACAGAACGUACGACUGGUCAGAGUUCUGCCUGAAAAAUCCCAAACAUGAAGAGCCAGGGGUCUCAGCGCAGAGACGUCAGGACUCCAUCACUCCUCCCGUCGUUUCACCUCCCUCCUCCUCCCUCUCCGCCGCCUCCUCCAUGUCCUCAGCCAUGUCCCAACCAAUCAGAGACCACGCACGGGAAGGGGCAGGGCCAGAGAGAGCUGGUCCCCAGACCCCAACCAAUAACGGUGCAGAGGGGGCCGGCCUGCUACCCCCGCCAACUCUCAGCUUCACUCCACCUGAGGAGUCUGAGAAGGAGACUGCGCAGGGUUUCCACGGUGACAGCUCUGACAGGCAAGAGGCUAAUGAGGACAGAGGGACACUAAACUUUGACCUCACGGGAGACAGGAAAGAUGGCAUGGCAGAUGAAAAGCAAGAUAACGAGACCGUACAGAUCACACCCACCCCUUUAUCUCCAAUUUUUUCUUCAUCAUCGUCUUCCUCUUCCUCCUCCUCCUCCUCCUCAUCCACAUCUUCUGUGCAGACUGACUUGUCAGAGCGUGUCGACCAACUCCAGGUCCUACGCGGUGAGCUGGAGGCAGAGCGUGGGAGGGCCCUGACUCAAAGGGAAGAGUCUCAGCAGAGUGGAGGUCGCUUCCGCACCGAACUAGCUGAUGGAGUGCAGAAGCAGGAAGAGGUGGAGUCUAAGCUCCAGGAGGCGGAGACUAAGCUCCAGGGGGCGGAGUCCCGUCUCCAGGACCUCCAGUCGUGCCUGGAGACGGCCGAGUCGGCUCUCCGGGAGCGCGAGGACACCAUCGGGGAGCUGCGCUCGCGCCUGGAGGCCACAGCCGGGCGCCUGAGGAGCAUGGAGGAGGCUGAGGAGCAGAAGGAGCAGCGCCUGAAGAAGCACCUCCUGCUGCUGCAGGAGAGCCAGGAGCGCGAGCGCCGCAGCCUGGGCGCCAGCCUGGAGAUGGCCGAGCAGCGGGUCCACGAGCUGGAGGAGCGGCUGCAGCGGCAGGAGGCGCAGUGGGCCGCCGAGCUGCAGCGCAGGAGCGCCGAUCUGGACGGGAGGCGCGGCGAGCUGGAGAGGAGGUGCGGCGAGCUGGCCGCCCAGCUGGAGGAGUCGGACGGCGAGGUGGGGCGCCUGCGCGAGCGCCUGCGGGCCGAGGAGACGCUCUACUACGACCUGGAGCACAGCUACGAGCGCGUGCGCGAGGACCUGGAGUGCGCCAAGGGCCGCGAGCAGAGCUGCGAGGAGCGCUGCCGCCACCUGCUGGAGCGGAAGGAGCGCGAGCUGCAGGAGAUGCUGGUGAAGAUGGCGGCGCUGGGGAACAGCCUGGAGGAGACGGAGCAGCGGCUGCAUGAGGCGCGCGAGGAGAGCGGGAGUCGUCGUUGCGCCUCCUGCUGCGCAAUCGUCUCAGAGUGGCAGGAGCAACCCACAUCAAAAGCCAGCACUCCAACAACCAGCCCAACGCAGCCACUACCGAGCACCUGCAGAGAGGACGACGUCAGGCAGAAGGUGUGGAGAGGUAGCGUAGCGUCACCUUACGAGGACGCGUCGUCCACUGCAGCAGCGGCGGGAGAGGAGUCGGACAAAGUGAUCUCGGUGAUCCAGGCGCUCGAAAGCAAGCUGAGCGACACAGAGGAGAGGCUGAGGGAGAUCACACUCCACCUACAGCAGCAGCAGCAGCAGCAGCACAGCAGCAUACACACCCUCUCUCAUCUUGGGCUUCCACUGAGCAGCAGCUUCACUAAAGACACAGAGCAAUGUGACAGCGCUGAUGCUAAUGAUAAUGCUAACGCUAACAUGAAGUUCCAGGGCAACUGCAGAGCAGAGGGAAAAGGCCCAGAUGGAGAAGGGGUAACAAAGGGGAAAAGGGGAGGCCCAGGGCCAGUCCCCGUUGAAGUGGUUUCAGCCCUGGCCCUGAUUCUCAGCGAGAUGGCGAGUGCUCUGGAACAGCCAGCUGGAGAGUUACGGGGUCGUCUCUCUGACCUUCACCAGGAAGCCCACAAGCAGAGAAGUAUCCAUGGCAACACGAGAUCAGCACACCUCCUCUUUCACAGGAGUGACCUGGGAUUCUCAACCGACCCUGGAGCUGUGGAGAGCGCAGGUGUGCUAGAGAGUGGGGAAAUCAGCGACGCGUGUGUGAGAGCAGAGCUCGCGUACCUCACCCACGCGCUCCUCACGGACACACUCCACGAGCAGCCAGGGCGAGAUUCCUCGGAUUCCUCGGACGAUGACGACGACUGCUCCUGGGGGGCCACCGGAGGGGAGCCCCGACCCGUGGGCGGCCGCGAGCUAGCAGACCUCGGCCCCCCAGAGCUCACCCUGUACCAGGGCCAGGAGGACGAGCUGCACCAGGGAGACACAAGUGAGCACCAGUGCAGAGGAGCAGAACAGGGCCUGGUCGGCGAGCUCCACGCUCAGGCCCAGGCGCUGCGCCACCUGUCCCUCCAGCUCCAGAUGGAGAAAAGCAGGACGACACUGACCGACUCAUCGGCGGCGGCGGCAACCCUGACAUCCCCAGACGUCCUGAGGGAAGCGCUCCUGCACGGCCAGUCCAUCUACGUGGCGUGGCGAGCACGGGCAGCUGUGCAGCGGGAGGCGGGCACCCUGCGCUCGCAGUACGAGCGGGCAGUCAGCGAGUGCCAGGUGGUGUGCAGCAGCAUGGAGACGCUCUUCCAGGAGCAGGGUGAGCGCUACGAGGCGCGCCUCCGCGAGGAGAGCCACGCCCUGGACCUCGCCCUCUCCCAGCUGGAGAAGGAGCAGGAGGCGCGUGCCGCGGCCGAAGCCAGCGCCCGGGAGAGGGCCGAGGAGGUGCAGAAGCUGGAGACGGAGUUCCGGGAGAAGCUGCAGGAGCUCCAGGAGAUCCACGAGGAGGAGAUGGGCCGUCUCCAUGGUUACUAUGCGCAGGUCACCACCUCGGCCAGGGCGGGCCAGGUGAACGGUCGUGAGAGGGUGGGGCUGGCGUCCAUUGCAAACUUAAAAGAGCAAAUCAGAGAGCUGGAGGAAGAGGUGGUCAGUCUGAGGGAUGAGCUGGCAAACAGGAAGGAGAGGGGAGACUCCGAAGCACAAGAGGCUGACCACCAGAGGGAUCUGGACAGCCUAAAGACGACGUUUGAGCGCGGCAUCAGUAGCAUGGAGGAGAGCCACCGUAAGGUUCUGGAGGACCUGCGGCGUCAGCACCAGCGAGAGGUGGAACGCCUAAAGGAGGAGAGGGACCAGCUCCUGCAGGAGGAGACCAACGCCACUAUAGCAGCUAUUGAGGCGAUGAGGAAGGCUCAUGUGGCAGAGCUGGAGAAAACCCAGAGGAGCCAUCGCAGCAAAGCCAGCGCAGACACCCGCUCUCCGCACUCUCACUAUGAUGAGGAGCUGGAUUCUCUACACAGAGAGCUGGAGGUGUUAUCAGAGCAGUACUCUCACAAGUGCCUGGAGAACAGACAGCUGAGCCGAGCCAUAGAGGCCGAGAGACAAGCACUGAGCCUCAGCCAGAGAGAGAACCUGGAGCUACAGACCCAGAAUCAGGGUCUGAAGAAACGCUUGGCAGCUGAGAUAUCUUAUGUACGUUCCAACAAAAAUGGAGAAUGUAGGGACAAAACUGAUACUCACAUUAAGGACCUAUAUCAACUAGAGGUGACACUGCGUGUCAGAGAGGCAGAGAUCCAGUACCUGAAGCAGGAGAUCAGUUCUCUAAAGGAUGAACUGCAGGUGUCAACCAGGUACUCUGAAGAAUUGUAUUCUGAACUGAGGGAGUUUAAAUCCCAGAGAGACACCAGCAAUGCGCAUGAAGAUUGUCUGUCUGUUUUGGGGAGAAUAGACCUGAUGAAAUCCAGGAGUUCACCUGAAUUCUGGAAGGACCUUUCUGGUCUUAAUCAUCCAGUCCAGUCCAAGACACAGACACACACAAAAGAUGCCCUCUCUCCUGAGGAAAAGAUGAAGCUCUUUGAGUCAAUGUAGCCCUGAACAUUCUAUGACAUUGUCUCACUUACAAUGACUCUGUGUGUGUGUGUGUGUGUGUGUGUGUGUGUGUGUGUGUGUGUGUGUGUACACUUUAUACUGUACUGUGUG